AGUGCGCACGCGCGUCCGUGGCGGAGGGGGAACCAGCCGCACCGACUGAGCGGUCGGGUUGGGGCAGCCGCGGGCGAGUGGAUCGGGCAACUCCCAACGAGGCAGACGCAGGCGGACGGGCGGGUGCUGGGAACCGAGGGACAGGUCAUUCCCGCGGGUCUCUGAAGAAGGUCGGCGGCCCCAGCGGGUGCCAGUCAGCUUUAAAAAAAAGUAGAAAUCACUCCUGACUGUACUGCAUAGCAAAAAUUAAGUGACUUCCUAUACUGCAAAUCAUGGCACUACCAUUCCGGAAGGACUUAGAAAAGUACAAGGACCUAGAUGAAGAUGAGCUCCUUGGGAAUCUAUCAGAAACAGAACUGAAACAACUGGAAACUGUUCUGGAUGACCUUGACCCUGAGAAUGCCCUUCUGCCUGCAGGGUUCCGGCAGAAGAACCAGACGUCAAAGUCCGCCACAGGGCCAUUUGAUAGAGAGCACCUCCUUUCAUACCUGGAGAAGGAGGCACUGGAGCAUAAGGACAGGGAAGACUUUGUGCCCUACACUGGAGAAAAGAAAGGGAAAAUAUUUAUCCCUAAACAGAAGCCUAUGCAGACUUUCACAGAAGAAAAAGUAUCUCUUGAUCCAGAAUUAGAAGAAGCUUUGACAAGUGCUUCUGAUACAGAAUUGUGUGACCUUGCAGCUAUUCUUGGGAUGCACAACUUGAUAACGAAUGUCCAGUUAUGUGAUAUAGUGGGAAGUAGUAAUGGUGUCGACCAAGAACAUUUUUCAAAUGUGGUAAAAGGUGAAAAGAUUCUUCCAGUAUUUGAUGAGCCACCAAAUCCAACCAAUGUUGAAGAGAGUUUAAAGAGAAUUAAAGAAAAUGAUGUUUGUCUUGUUGAAGUUAAUUUGAAUAAUAUAAAGAAUAUCCCAGUUCCAACCCUAAAAGAUUUUGCAAAAGCUUUGGAAACCAACACACACGUGAAAUAUUUCAGUCUUGUGGCCACACGGAGCAAUGACCCUGUCGCUGUUGCUUUUGCAGAUAUGCUGAAAGUAAACAAAACUUUGAAGAGCUUAAAUAUGGAGUCCAACUUUAUUACAGGAGCUGGGAUUCUAGCACUGAUUGAUGCUCUGAGAGAUAAUGAAAGCCUGGCAGAGCUCAAGAUUGACAAUCAGAGGCAGCAGUUGGGGACAGCUGUAGAAUUGGAAAUGGCCAAGAUGCUUGAGGAAAAUACGAACAUCCUUAAAUUUGGAUAUCAGUUUACACAGCAGGGACCCCGAACCAGGGCGGCUAACGCUAUAACAAAAAACAAUGACUUAGUUCGCAAAAGACGAGUUGAAGGAGACCACCAGUAAGUCCACCAAGAUCCAAUCUUUGGGAGACUUGAAGGGUUCACCAAGAGCUCAUGGUGGUGAUGUCAGAUGUAACAUUUUCCUGGGUAGAAGGGAAAAGACUGGAAAUCUUUUUUUUUUUUUUUAAACUACAUGUAUCUUUUUUUCUAGUUUACGUUAACAGUUUCAAACUGUAAAAUCAAUAGGUGGUAUUUUGUAACUUUUUUUCUGCUAAAAUCAAUUUUAAUUUAGCUUAAUUAAAUGGUUUGUGAUGAGUCAUGAGUUAAGUACAAUUGUGAAAGAAGUUUAGGAAAUCAUUUAUGUAAAAUACUACGAACAUUUUAAGGACCAAUCUUUUUUAAAUCAAAAAGGGACCUGACUGAUAUGAGAAUUGCUGUUGCACCUGUUAGGUACAAGACCCUCAUCAGCUUUCUUUCCUUAUCCCGUUGCAUGGAGCCCUUGCCGUGUUUUAGAAUACAUGAACUUGGCAAGAGUGUGCUUUCUGUUUCUAUCAAGAAAGCAAAAUGCCAAAAUUUUAACUGAUGACUCAAGAUCUGGUCCUCUGUUCAGGAGUACCAGCCCAUCUUUGGGGGAGAGAAAGGGGCCUCCUGCACAUUCCAGGUUACCACACUUGUCUGAUGGGUGUGAGUCGGCAGCACCUAGACUUGUUUAAACAAAGUCGUCGGGUUGGCCAGGUUCCGUACUUUAA